AUGGUCCGGGAUCCGGCCCCCUCCCGGCCGGCGCGGCACCGCACCGCACGGCCUGGCUCCCGGCGGGCCCGCCCCUUCCGGGGGCGACGUCACCGCCCCGCCCAGCAACGGGCCCGCCCGACGGAAGUGCGUGUGCGACUUCCGCCUCAGCGAGGAGCCCACGUCCUGCGGCGUAGCCUGGGCUCCUCUUCUCCCUUCAUCCCGCCCCCUCCCUUUAGGGAGCCAGGCAGGUACCGCGGGGGCGAGCAGGGGCGGGGCCGCCGAGCAGUUAUAGCCCGACCCGCGGGGCCCAACUCCCCGCCUGCAGCUCCUGCACUCCGGCUUCUCCACGCGGCGCGCGCAGACCCGACGGAGCCAGUGCCUGGUCCGCGCCUCCGGGCGGCUGUCGACGUGAGCACCCUGGCGCGGGGCACAGGGGUGCGGGGCCCGGGGCCGGGGGCCACCGCCAGCCGCCGGCUGCUCGCCCUGCUGUGGCUGCUGCUGCUGCCGCCUUCCGCCGGCGCCUGGUACAAGCACGUGGCGAGCCCCCGCUACCACACGGUGGGCCGCGCGGCCGGCCUGCUCAUGGGGCUGCGCCGCUCGCCCUACAUGUGGCGCCGCGCGGCCGGGCCCCCCGCCUGGGACACCUUGGGCCUGGGCGCGCUGUCCCAGGGGCCCUCUGCCAGAAACACCCUCUCUCCGGGGCCGGCCGCCCUCGAUGCUCUGCUGCUUCCCUCCGAAGCUCAGAGACCGUGGGAGGCGCGACGCAGACGCUCCGGGGCGGGGCUCCCUGUCAGUGGGCCUCGCAACCUGCGCGCCCCGGAGUCCGCGCGCCAACCCGAGUGGCGGCCUGGCGCCUCCUCCUGGACCUCGGCGGAGCAGGCCAGAGCUUUCGGAGAGUCUCCGGCUCAGCCACGGUCUGCGCAGGGUACCGCCUUCGCCAGCCCUCGCCUCGCCCCGAAGCCGUCCUGAUCGCCGCCCCUGCUAGCGCCCCCUCGCCUGACUCAGACCGAAUGUCUUCGACCACCAGGCCGGUCGUCUGUUCAAUAAAACUCGCCUAGUUGCCGCG